UUCAUUUAUGAUUAAAUAAUAUACAGUUUAAAAACCAAGUUAAAACGAUUUCAUCAGUAUUUUAUUGUGAAAUGUUAAAAAGGAUGCGCUUUGCAUUAUGGGAGAGAGACGCUCACUUGUACACACGCAGAGAGAAGCAGACACAUGGUGAUAGCGUUCCUCCUGUUACGUUUUAUCCUACGCCCGCGAAAGCAAUGGCUUUUCACUCACAAGUUUUCACCUGUCAUCCAUGACAUGUUAAUAAAGGAGCAAGGCGCUCACGUCCUGGCUCGUGAAAACCGAGUUUGGCUGGCUGUUUAACUGCGUUGACAUACAAGCGGUAUAUAACAUGUAGAGAGAACAGUACAGUGAAAAGCCAUGCCAUCAGUGGAUGUAAAGUAAAACAACACAGCCAUGGACAUCGAAACCAGUGUCAGAGAUGAUCAGGCUAAGUCAGAAGCUAGCCUCAAGAAUUCCAUUGCAUCUAAAUCUUACAAAUCUGCAUGUAAAGCAAGCUCUAGACACUCAGCCUCUUCCAAGCCUUCUGUUGCUGAAGCAGCCAUCAGAGCCAGAGCUUCAGCCGAAGCAGCACGUACCAAGUCAGCCUAUGCUAAAAAGCAGUUGGAAAUUAAAAAGGAGAAAGCCAGAUUAGACCUGGAAAAAACUACUCUGGAAGCAGAUUUAGAGGUCUUGGAGAUCUAAAAAGAAGCAGCAGCUGCUUGCGUCGAAGCUGAGGUCCUAGAAGCAGCUGCAGCUAUGGAAAAUGAGGAUGUGCAAAGCGAGAAGAGCACUGUUCCACCGCAAGUAGUUCAACAGAGAAUUGAGGAUUAUGUGCAACGCCAAACACAGUUCAGUCUGCAAGCCAACGCUCCACCCACACAUAACGAGGUUUCUCACUGUAUGAAAAAAUCUUCUCCGGCGACAUCACCUGCAGUCAAGGAGGAAAAGCACACACAUAUCUUCACACCUCUAGCCAAUGAGAAUAUGUGUGCAGCCAAUUGCACACCUACUCCAAAUCCACAAAAUAACCUACAAAGACAAUUUAUCACAGAAAACUUACUCACUCCUGGUCCAGUGGAUAACCAGCAAAGACAAUACAAUCAGCACCUUCCUCAGUACACCAGCAGCCCACCUAUGAUAGACUUUGCCAAGUUUCUUGCUGCACGCAGAGUUGGUGACCACAGGCCUCUCAAAAUUCGACGACUCACCAGAGAACUUCAGAGCAUGGCAGUCAUCGUUUCUCAAUGCAACACAGGACUUGGAGCUCACGUACAGCGAACAACUGGACCUCUUAGUGAAGUGGCUUGGUAAGGAGUCUUCUGAACACAUAAAAAGAAUCCGAGCUGUUCAUGUUGCCAACCCCAAAGCUGCUCUCGAAUUGUCUUGGGAUAGACUUCAGGAGUGCUAUGCCACACCAGAAAUAGUUGAAAAUGCCUCGUUUAAAAGACUGGAUAGUUUCCCCCGUCUAUCUGCAAAGGACAACACAAAACUGAGAGAACUUAGCGAUCUUCUCAUGGAGCUGCUGGUGGCAAAAAGUGAUGGCUAUCUUCUUGGACUUGCUUACCUCGACACUCCUCGUGGAAUAAAGCCUAUUGUAGAAAAAUUGCCCCCAGGCCUACAGGACAAAUGGCUCAGCAUAGGUUCCAGAUACAAGGAAGAACACAGAGUGACAUUCCCUCCCUAUUCCUUUUUUGUGGACUUUGUUUAUGGCCAAGCCAAGGCCAGAAAUGACCCACGCUUUGUCUUGUCCAACAACAAAGAUGAAAAAGCCCCAUUUAACCCGAGUGGGUUCAAGACUGCUGUAUCUGUGCAUAAGACAAAUGUCACUACAAGUUCUGAUGCAGGCCCAAUGAUCCUGUUCGCUAUUGCCCUGUUCACAAGAAGACUCAUCCUCUGGCUAAAUGUAGAGCCUUCAGAAUGAAAACAUUGAACGAAAAAACAUCUUAAAAGAGCGCAAGUGGUGCUUUAAGUGCUGCUUCCCAAACCACCUAGCUAAAGACUGUCAGACUAUCCUGAAAUGUACCGAGUGUGAGAGUGACAGACACUGUUUUGCAAUGCAUCCAGACUCAGUCCAUCUCUCUGCUCCAUCACCCACAACUGAGCCAGAUGCAGAACCUCAAGACAGCCGUGCACUUGAGGUGACGUCAAGGUGCACCAAGGUCUGCAGUGAAGGCAGCACUUCUCGGUCCUGUUCAAAGGUGUGUUUGGUACAAGUCUUUCCUCGAGGUCAGUCAGAACCUUCUGUCAAAAUGUAUGUCAUCCUUGAUGAUCAAAGCAACCGUUCACUUGCUCGCUCUGAAUUUUUCCACCUGUUUGGGGUUGAAAGCAACCUGUCACCAUAUUUGAUGAAAACGUGUGCAGGUACAACAGAGAUGACAGGAAGAAAAGCAGUGGGCUUUCAAAUUGAAGCUGUAAAUGGAGGUGUAUGCAUGGAUCUCCCACCUCUCGAGUGCAAUUAAAUAAUGACCAACAGAUCUGAAAUACCAACACCAGAGGUCGCCCUUGCACAUGCCCACUUAAAACACAUUGCACCCCAAAUUCCAGAGCUAGACCCUAAUGCUCAGAUGAUGAUUCUACUGGGGAGAGACAUGAUACAGGUGCACAAAGUGAGACAGCAAGUAAAUGGACCUCAUAACGCACCCUUUGCUCAGCGCCUGGACUUGGGCUGGGUGAUUGUGGGUGAAGUGUGCGUCGACAAUGCUCAUAAACCUGUUGUAACUGCCUUCAAGACUCACAUCUUACAGAACAGACGUCCAUCUCUCCUCACUCCUUGCCACAACAGCUUUGAUGUAAAAGAAAAACCAAGCUACAGCGGGGAGCAAAGGAGUGGCCAUUUUAGAUGCACAUCAAAGCCUUCGUCAGCAGAAGACAAACUAGGGCUCAAAGUGUUUCAACGUACAGAGAAGAAGGACAAGUGUGCCAUGUCCUUCAAGGAUGAGACGUUUCUAAAAAUCAUGGAGAAAGAAGUCCAUCAGGAUGAAAUGAACAGUUGGAUUGCCCCUUUGCCGUUCAGGUCGCCUCGUCUCUCCCAGAUAAUAGAGAGCAGCCCUUGUCUCGCCUCAGCUCUUUAAGAUGCACCCUCAACAAAAAUCCUGAAAUGAAACAGCAGUUUUCUGCCUUCAUGGAAAAGCUGUUUGAGAACCAGCAUGCAGAGUCGGCACCACCAGUCCAUGAGCAACGUGAAUGCUGGUACCUGCCCAUCUUCGGUGUAUAUCACCCCCAGAAGCCAGCACAGAUACGAGUCGUGUUUGACUCAAGCGCCCAGCAACAAGGAGUCUCCCUCACCGCAGUCCUGCUGAAAGGGCCUGACCUCAAUAACACUCUCCUGGGUGUCUUGUUACGGUUCAGAAAAGACCUUGUUGCAGUCACUGCUGAUAUUCAACAAAUGUUUUAUGGCUUCCUGGUGAGAGCUGACCACAGAGACUAUCUGAGAUUCCUAUGACACAAGGAUAAUGACCUGUUGAAAGAGGUGUAUCGCAUGUCUUUAAAAACAGCCCGUCUCCAGCAGUCACUAUAUAGUCUCCAGAGAGCAGCUCAGCAAGGUGAGCCAAAGUUUGGAGCAGACACCAGACAGUUUGUUGAGAGACAUUUCUAUGUGGAUGACGGACUGAUAUCGCUUCCCACAGAGUCUGCAGCUAUAGACUUGCUGAAGUGUACUUGUGCAUCGCUUGCUGAGUCGAACCUGAAACUCCACAAAAUUGCUUCGAACAGCCUCGCUGUGAUGCAGGCCUUUGAACCUGUGGAACUAGCUUCCGGCAUCAAAGAUUUGGGUCUUGAUGAAGAAACCCUGCCAACCCAAAGGAACCUGGGAUUGUGCUGGGAUUUAAACACAGACACUUUCACAUUCAAAGUAGCUGUUGCUAACAAGCCAUACACUCGCCGUGGAGUACUGUCCAUUAUUAACAGCAUAUUUGGCCCAUUAGGACUGACAGCACUGGUGACAGUUAGGGGCAAAUUAUUGUUGAGAGAGCUGGCUGGUGGAAUUCAGGAUUGGGAUGCCCUUCUUCCUGAUGACAAACUGAGUACAUGGGAGGCGUGGAAAUCAUCGCUCCAGGAGCUGAGCAGCCUUAACAUACCUCGCUGUUACGUACCAAUGUCAGUCUCAAGAUCCUCGUACACCGAACUCUGUCUCUUUUCUGACGCCUCAAACUGGGCCAUAGGGGCAGUAGCUUAUCUACGAGCUGUCACCGAAGAUGGUCGCUGUGAAGUUGGAUUUGUGCUAGGGAAAGCAAAACUAGCACCGCAGCCUGAGCCUACAAUUCCCCGACUCGAGCUAUGUGGGGCUGUUCUGGCAGUUGAGAUGGCAGAGCUCAUUUUAGAUGAACUGGAUCACAAGCCAGAUGCAGUGAAGUUUUAUUGUGACAGCAGAGUGGUCCUUGGAUACAUCUGUAAUGACUCAAAAUGCUUUUUUGUGUACGUCAGGGAUUAAAGCAAAAAAAUUUCAUUUGACUGAAUUUUUUUUUCAUGUCAAAAUCACUGGCCACUUAUAAAAAUGUGG